GAGAAUUUGAUUCUAGUCCAAUAGACUUGAGUCUUAAAUCCAGUCAUUCUUGGUGGAGAGAAGAGAGGAUAGUUGUGUUUUCUCGGCUGUUUGUCAAGCACUUGUUAUGCAACAAAGACUGGUUUGAAAUGUCUGUUAUGGAAUUUUUGUCUUGGUUGGACCCAGUAGAGUGGAGCAAACAUUAUGAAAUUCCAUUAUCCAUAACUUGCUUUCUCAUAUAUUUCAUCGUGUUUCACAUAGCUUGUGCGUUCUUUGGCAUUGCUGAUCAUUGGAAACUACUGCGAAAAUACAAACUGCAUGAAAGUGACGAGAAAACCUAUCUUCAGUUAUUGCCAAGAGUGGUUUUCAAUCAACUUGCCUUUUAUUUGACUAGUUGUUAUAUUGGAGAAAAGAUGGGUUGGGUUUUCAGACCUCCAAAAGACAACCAUUUUCAGCUUUGGAAGUUACCGAUAUAUCUUACUUUGUUUUCUUUCUAUCAUGAAAUUAUAUUUUACAGUGCCCAUAGAUGGUUGUUGCAUUCGAAGUGGGGUUUCAAUCUUUUAGGACACAACGUCCAUCAUAGUACCAAAGGUUCAGUUGGUAUCUCACAACAUUAUAUGAGUGUCAUCGACUACUAUUUGGAAAUCGUUGUUUCCAUUUUGGUUCCAUUGGUACUUAUUCGCACCAAUGCAUAUUUCGACCUUUUAGUAAUGGUGGAGGACGCUAUUUUGGGUUCUUAUGACCAUAGUGGAUAUGACUUUUUCCUGGGAAAUUUGAAAAGAUAUUCACCUGCUUAUCAUUCCAUGCAUCAUCUUCGUUCUAGUUGCAGUUAUGGAGAUGGUGUUGGCUCCUUGGCGUUAUUAGAUAAUCUUUUUAAGACUAGCUACUUUCAUUUUGGAUACAAGUCUUUCCCCAAGGUAAAGAAUCUUGUCAAGGAAGAGAAAGAAGAAACAGAGUAGUAGAGUUUUGUUUGUUUUCUCACAUGUUUUUGCUUGUACUAUUUCAUCAUAGAGUUUUUAGAAUAAAUCGUGGAAUUAUUCAAUAUUU